UCAAAACCACGUCUUUCAGGUGGUUGGGCACAUUUGACUGAGCUGAUAGCGGAAAGCAAGGGGCUUCUCCAGUGUCUUGCAAUAACAGCCACAUUGCGUGAGAGCAGCUACUGUCUAAAACAGUGACUAGCUCAGCUAGCUUAUUUCCCGUUUAAGGCCGGCGUGGAUUUACGAAGAAGUGCGGCAUUUCCCCAACGAGAAUAAUAAAGAAGUCAUCGUGCUGUGAAAACAACAGCAACUGUCAACCAUACCGAGGAAAAUCGAAGAGGUUAACGUUUAACUUCGGACUUUCGGAGCAAUAGGUUACUAAUAAUCGGCAUGAAGAUCGAGCUAGCUACCAAUGAAAAGUGUUGCCUAAAGUAUUUUUGAAGAGCUCAAUUGGACUGUUGGGAAGUCGGUGAACGUUCAUUCAAAAUUACAUUUAUUUAAAAAUUAGAACUCAUACAUAGGCUACCUACACCAUGACGAGAAGGUCCUGUGCAAUUUACGCAACCGGGAUUGUCUGCGCUCAUCUACUGAUAGUUGGAAUCGCCCUGGUUGUGGCUCAAGUCUUCCAAACGCUGAUUCAUAACCGGUUAAAAAAGGAGAUGACCCUGACGGAGGGCAGUCGGGUGUUUGACUCAUGGAAGGACCCCCCCGUUCCCGUCUACAUGCAGUACUUCUUCUUCAACGUCACCAAUCCAGAGGUCUUCCUAGCAGGUGGCAAGGCGGCUCUCACUCAGAUUGGCCCUUACACUUACAGAGAAUAUAGGCCCAGGGAGAAUGUGACCUUUUUGGAGAAUGGGACGAAGCUCUCGGCCUUAAAUCCCAAAAGUUUCGUUUUCCAGCCAGAGAUGUCGGUGGGGGAUCCAGAGGUGGACCUCAUUCGAACCAUCAACAUCCCUGUAGUGGCAGUGAUGGACCAGAUGCAGUCCUACUCAUUCCUUUUGAGCACAUUUGUGUCAAUGUGGAUGAACUCCAUCGGCGUAGAUUUGUUCAUGACUCGCACCGUUCAAGAGGUUUUGUGGGGUUUCGAAGACCCACUGCUCUCCCGUAUCCAUCGCCUGAAGCCUGAUGUCGAUGCGUACUUUGGUCUCAUGUACAAGAAAAAUGGAACCGAUGAAGGAGAAUUUGUUUUUCUCACCGGCGAGCAGGACUAUAUGGACUAUGGCAGAAUCGACACAUGGAAUGGCUUAAGUAAAAUGACAUGGUGGUCAUCCAACCAGAGCAACAUGAUCAAUGGGACGGAUGGCAGCGCGUUUCACCCUCUGCUGUCUAAGAAUGAGCUGCUGUACAUCUUUGCAGCAGACCUCUGCAGAUCGAUCCAUCUGGGCUUUGAGGCGGAUGUUGAGGUGAAGGGGAUCCCUGCUUAUCGAUUUGCACCCCCAAAGGAUGUGUUGGCCAGUCCCGAGGACAACCCUGCGAAUGCGGGGUUCUGUGUGCCAGCGGGGCAAUGUCUCAGCACUGGGGUCCUCAAGGUCAGCGUAUGCCGACAAGGUGCUCCUAUUGUAGUGUCCUUUCCACAUUUCUACCAGGCAGACUCGAAAUAUAUAAAUGCCUUUGAAGGACUGUCACCAAACAAAGAGGACCACGAAACAUACCUUGACCUUAAUCCGACGACAGGAAUCCCCAUUCGUGCUUGUAAGAGAGCCCAGUUGAAUGUCCUAUUGAAUAGAAUCAGCGGUUUUCCCAAAACAAAGCAUCUACAAGAGACCAUCUUUCCAAUUAUGUUUGUAAAUGAGACGGUGGUGAUCGAUGACGAGUCUGCUGCACAGAUGAGGACUCUGCUGCUCAUUGUGACGCUGGUCUCCAACCUGCCCCUCCUCAUAGUGGGCAUGGGGGCCCUCUUGCUGAUCGUCCUGGUUAUACUCGUCUGCAGGUCCCGCCAGAAAAAGAAUGAAGUUAAGCGUAUUGAUUUUACUGAAGCUUUUCAUUCUUUUACUACAACUGCGAAAGAAGACACCGCUUACACCCAAGUCAGCGAUAAAGCAGAAGAUCACCCAGACAACCAUGGUGGCCAGCAGAUGAGAAACGGUUCAUAUAUAGCCAUGUCCCCAGUAGAAGCACAGAAGUGUUGAGAAUGGCAACCUCUUCACUAAGCCCCAGAGAGCUGGACGUGUCAUACAGCACUGUAAGAAGUGAAGUGGUAGGAUAAGCAGGAUAUUGGAUGAUUCCUGGGACCUUAACGUUUGCUUGAUCAUGGUAAAGCAACAGGGGCAAUGGUUCAAUGGGUGCAUGGUUCAACCUGGACAUAAACCACUAUUGGGAUGAGUCAUGUUCAUCUUUAUCUGUUUGCCACUCCCAUGACAUGCAAAUUAAAAUGUAAAAACAUUUCAGCAACAUUUCCACACUACUUUGAUCCAUAUUAAACCCUUUUCCCUGUUCAGUGUUUUUGCAUUGUUAUAUUCAUCUCAUGAUGCAAAUCAACAAGGCAUAGGGGCAUCAUCCAGUCAUUUCACCAGAACUAAAACUCACCCCUUUGAAAGGCUUUAUUCCCAGAAAAAAAUAUUGUCAUGAUUCAUGCCUGGUGACAUGGCACUUAAAUCCUUUAAGGAAUUGUUCAUUCCCAUUGCGAAUUAUGGGUGCUUGGAGCUUUUCUCUGACCAAACCCAUCACAGAUUCUGCUUUCAAUGUUUGAUUUAACCAUCUGCAGCCUUUUUACAAAUAAUUUUUAUAAUGUAGCUGCCAUGCAUAUGUAUGUAUCGUAACUCUUGAGAAAGCACAAUGAGAUUCACACAACCGUAGGUGUCCGCUGGACACACACACUUUGCUGUUGUCCCACAUGGGUCAUAGAAUAUGGUUUCCAUGUAUUUGUGAGCCAUGGCCUCAAAAAAAGGAUUUAAUGUCUCAUUAUGGAUCACCAUAUAUUAGUCUAUUGGGUCCAUUUUGCAUUUCAGUGCCCACAUGUAGACUGCUUGGAUCUGGGAUGCGAGUGGACAUUUUUUGUAGUAUGCUUUGCAUUCCAAUACAAAGUAGCUACUUGUAGUACGUGUUCUGUACUGCUGCUAAUGAAAGCCAUAGCUUUUGGACUUUGAGUAUUGUAAUGGUACAUCCUUGGGUCUUAAUUACCUAAACAUGUUCUGUAAACUCUUUUUCUAUUGCUGUGAAUUGAUCUCUGGGGUGGUUUUUUUUUGGGGGGUUUUUUUUGCCAUUACAGUUCCUCAAAGGCCCUAAUUUGUAAAGGUCAAUGUUUUCAGAAUGAACCCCAGGAACAUCUUAGCUUAGCUAGCACAAACCAGGCCAUUCAUCCACUUAGAUACCUAUGCAUGCAUGGUGCUGUACAUGCAUCCAAGCAUAUUUUCUGUAUUUUCUUUCUCAUUGAACAAACCCAUUUGCCUUUAACUGGAAUAUGAAGGUAUUUGAUAAUGUACAUAUAGAACGUAUCUGUCCCCUGUAUUCUGAGUCACCCAUUUCACUGCUAACCUUGUCCUCAGUACUGCAAACAUCUAUGGUCGGAUCCAAAAUCUUGAAGCAUGCCCAGUGUUUGUGUCAACAUUUAAUGGUUUUUUUUGUUUGUAAUGAUGGGGAAGGUAAAAAAAUAUGUAUAUUAAUAACUUGGUCAGAAUAUGGAUAUUUCUGUUGAACGGAGCAGCAGUUGAUGUGCCAUCCAUGCGGCAGGCAGUGUUGUACUCUGAGAAAGAACCGCUGUAUGGAACUGCGAAUUGUGUAGUUCUAUGCACUCUUGUCCUUAGCUCUGGACAGAUUAACCUCCAGACGUAUUACGCUAUGAUUCUUGCACAUCCAUCAAAUUGAAAAGUCAGCGAAAUAAAUAAAACGCUGACUUAUUCAAUACUCUUGGGUUAGGAGAAACGAGAUGACCAGCAGUUUGGAUUGGAACCUAUAGCAUUGUACUGCAUUGGUUUUUCUGUUUUUUUUUUUUUUUUUUAACUUUGCUCUUCAAUAUGAUUAAUAUAUAUUUUUUUUUUCUAUUUUCAAAAAAACCUUUGUGAAUAUCAAAGCCUAAAUUACAACGUAUGGCCUUGUAACUGCUAGACCACUACUUGCCUCAGGGGGUCACUACAUUCAUUCAAACAUUUAAUAAGGGAGACCCCCCCCCUGAGAGCUGACUAUGUAUGCCUGAACCAUUAUUCACAAAUAAUGACUUUUCUACUGACUUUGACUCAAUUUACAUCCUUGUGCUUGACCAAAGAUAACAUACGGUAGAUCAGUUUCAGCUCAUGUUUACUAUAAAUUUAAUUCUACCAUAAUGCCAUACUUCUGCAUACCCUAAGAAGUGCAACAGCUCACUGCAGAUGACCACAGUACUCGGAAGUGUUGAUCAAUACGGUUCCCAAGUCAAAACAUUGGUAAAAUAGUCCCAAGUUUUCAAAUAAUAUUAAUGUGUCCGUUGAACUUGUGUUGUACAGGAUUAAUACUAAAGUAAUAAGUUGCCAUAAUAUUUGCUAAAAUAGUAUUACAAAUUGAUAAAUGCAGCAAUACAAGGCUAUAACGAGCACUAUAACAGUUUGUAAGCAAGCAGAUAUUUGUGUAACCAGAUAUUCUGAAUGCCAUUUUCAUUUCCAGAAUGUGUUAUUGUUGGUGUUUUUGUUUUUUAGAACCUUCUUGAAUGAGCAGCACUAAGUAUUUUGUAGUAGUGGUGAGGCUAUCGGGCACACGCAUGCAUAAAUGACAAUGAAGUGUCUCACUUUGUCAGUUUGGUGUGAAUUCUGCUGCCCCCUGCCUACCAUCUUGAGUUACUAAAUUAUGUUCGCAAAGGGCCUCAUCUACCCACAACCUGGUAUUUUCCUCAUCCUUAGCAGGCAUUUAACCACCAGAUCUAAUUGUCUGUCUAAUAGUUCUUACACUCAUUUUAUUUCUUCAUCCUAGUUUUUUUUUGUUUUUGUAAUGCCUGUUGGGUAGGGUGCUGAAGGGAUCCUUCCAGAGUUGUCUUGAUCUGCUUCUUUCAGCCAUUCUUAUGGAACAGUGCGUAUUCUCCUCAUGUGGACACUAGUGAUUUGGAAUUGUAAGCAUUUCCAUGGGGGGUUGUCUGUUUACAAUGAAUACAGAGAACCAAUUUAUCGUCCAUAAAAUCCCGGAAAGCUGACUGAGUUGAGUUCUUUGGAUAUAUGUACAAAAAAUGCACCGAUGUCUUUUUUUGUUUUUUGUUUUUAUGCAUAUUGUCUUUGGCUGUGUGUAUGUGUGUAUGUAUGUAUGUAUGUGUGUGUGUGUGUGUGUGUGUGUGUGUGUGUGUGUGUGUGUGUGCGUGUGCGUGUGUGUGCGCGCGCGCACACUUAUAGAGGGAAGAGAAGUGUGGUAAUCUUUUGCUGUUCUCUUGGAACAGAUGCACUGUUUUGCUAAACCAGUAACUGGACAGAGUUAGAAGGUUGUGUAUGGUGAGAUCAGCCUGUUUGAUAAAUGAAGCCUGAGCUUGAAUGCCGCAAUAUAGCUCUUUUUGCUUCCUGAGUCAUUUGAGCAAAUUGGCAAACUGUUUUCCCAUAUUCGGCUGCACUUGAACCUAAAUGUUUGAAGAAAAUCAUCUUUCAAACAUUUGUAGUGUCUUCUGAGAAUUCUAUCCCGUAUUGCUGCUGAAAAAGACAAUCUUCACAUGCCAUCUUGGGUACAGAAAUCCUCUUCAAGAAAUAUCCAUCUUUGGUUUUGAUAUUAACACUGCACAAAUGUUUCUACAAUGCUUUUGUAAACAUUUUUAGUGUAUUUACAAAAAAUAAAAUAAAUUUUUUGAGCUGA